AACCGCCCCGCCGUCCGCCCGUCUCCUGUUCAGUUCCUUCUCCUCCACAAACCAAAGGCUCGCGUCAUCGUCGUCCAGAGCAAGAACAAGAACCGGGAGGGAGAACUCUGGGAGAGAGGGUCCCCUGUUGGUCGAUCCGUUCUUUUGUCGACGCGGCGAUCGAUGGCUUCGAGGAGGCAAGCGCCUGCGCGCGAUGUUCUUGCUCAAGAACACAAGGCCGGCGGCGAUGCUGCCAGGCUUGCCAGGAGAACAAAGUCCAUGGUUGCUCAACAACCAGCCGCAAGAACCCGUCGAGCACUUGUCGACGUCGGUAACCUUAUCAAUGGUCGGGCUGCUCUAGCAGCAGCUGACAAGUGCGGCAAAGCAAUCAGACAGCACAAGGAGAACAACAGGGUGAAGCCCGAAAUCAUUGUUAUAAGCUCAGACUCUGAGAAGGAAAAGAAAAUUCCAGGCAAGAGAGCCGCGUCCCGGAGGGCGCCGAUCCACACCUUAACCUCAAUUCUUACCAAAUGCAGCAGGGCUUCUGAUGGGGUGAUCUCCAGCCCAAAGAAGGCGCCGGCAACAUAUGACAUCGAUGCAUCUGAUGCUCAAGAUGAGUUCGCAGUGGUAGAUUAUGUAGAAGACAUCUAUCGAUUCUACAAGAGCACUGAGGGUACCUGCCGGCCCCUCUGCUCCUACAUGAGCUCACAGGCUGAGAUCAAUGAGAGAAUGAGGGCAAUUCUGACCGAUUGGCUGAUAGAAGUGCACGACAAGCUUCUACUUAUGCCAGAGACCCUGUACCUCACGGUCUACAUAAUCGACCAGUACUUAUCUAUGGAGAGUAUUCCAAAGAAAGAGCUUCAGCUUGUUGGUGUCAGCGCAAUGUUGAUAGCAUGCAAGUAUGAAGAGAUUUGGGCUCCACUGGUUAAGGAACUUUUGUGCAUAUCAAACUAUGCAUUUAGCAGAGAGCAGGUUUUGAUCAAGGAGAAGUCUAUACUGAACAAGCUCCAGUGGAACUUAACAGUACCGACGGUGUAUAUGUUCAUCGUUCGGUACUUAAAAGCUGCCAUGGGUGACAAGGAGCUGGAGAACAUGGCAUACUUUUAUGCUGAGCUUGCGCUGGUUCAGUACUCGAUGCUUAUCUACUCACCAUCGAUGACCGCAGCAGCAGCUGUGUAUGCGGCACGCUGCACCCUUGAUGUGUGUCCGCUGUGGAGCGAUACCCUGCAGCACCACACAGGCUUAUCUGAGGAAGAAUUGCUGGGGUGCGCAAGGCGGCUGGUGAGCCUCCACUCGACGGCUGCGGCGAGCAAGCAGAAGGUGGUGUACAACAAGUACACAGAUCCCAAGCUCGGCGCCGUGGCGCUCUACUCCCCGUCCAAGAAACUGCUGCCGGUCUCUGACUCUGACUGAUCGUUGGCCCACGAAGCUCUUGCGUUGUACCAUCGCUUUGAUGUUACUACCUUGUUUGCUUCUACCUGGACAAAGAGAUGGAAAUCACUGAAACUUUUGCUCUACCAAGAACGCUCAUUGUCCUCAUGAAUUCAUGAGAUUUGUAAAAUCGAACCUGUUUGUUUUGUGACUUAUAUAUGUCUUUUAGAUGAUAUGCAGUAUUUAGUUGGCUAGUUUUCAACAUUGAGAUGUGACGGUUUGUGUUGGCAUCUUGGGUGCAAAUGUGAAGUAAAGCGUAUUGGCGUGUGUGCAUCUAAAA